CCGUUUCAAAUUUACAGAAUUUUCCCUCAACGAGACUCAAAAGAUAUUAUAAAGUCUCUCUGAAAUAUAUUUCUUCGACGACGACGACUAAUUAUGCCGAGAAAAGCGAUGAGAAGCCUCUGCUGCGUGGCCAAAACGCCGUCGAAUCUUCAACCUCCUCUUACGUUAACCCCACGGCAGAGUUUGGAAUCAGCGGCCGCAUACGGAAUCAUCGAGUCGGCCGCCGAAAUAAUCGAGAGAUGGAACACGGAGACCUCCACCUUCGCUAAAGUCACUUCCAUGUUCUACGAGGACAAGGCAGAGGCCAUGGUGUUCAUCGAACGAGUGAACAAUCUUCAGAAGACGAUGGAUCUGCUGGUGAGUGAAGAUCCGAACUCCGAGAGGCUCAUGAGAGCUCAGAGACUCAUGGAGGUCGCUAUGAAGAGGCUUCAAAAGGAGUUUUAUCAGAUCCUCUCGAUGAACCGUGCUUAUCUUGAUCCAGAAUCGGUCUCUACACGCUCUUCACUCACCUCAGCGAGAUCCAGCUACUCCGAUUUCCCCGAAGACGACGAUUCAAACACCGUUGGAGACUCAAUCGUAGAAGUUGAAGAGGCUGCUAGCAGCGUCAUGACGGACUUGAGAUCCAUCGCUGAGUGCAUGAUCGGUUCGGGCUACGCGAAAGAGUGUGUCAUCAUAUACAAAACCAUCAGAAAGUCCAUCAUAGACGAAGGGGUGUACCGUCUCGACGUGGAGAAGAUUAGUACGGCGAAGGCGAAGAAGAUGUCGUGGGAGGAGAUGGAUAUAAAGAUCAGAAGCUGGUUAGAGGCGGUCAAAGUCUCAAUGGAGACUCUCUUCAAAGGGGAGAGGAUACUCUGCGAUCACGUCUUCGAAUCCUCUGAUGCAAUCAGAGAGUCUUGCUUCAGUGAAAUCUCGCGCGAAGGAGCGAUUCUUCUGUUUGGUUUUCCGGAGAUCGUUUCCGCGAAAAUCAUCAGCAAGAAGAGCUCUCCGCCGGAGAAAACUUUCCGGCUGCUAGACAUGUACAGUGCCAUCGCCGGAAACUGGCGAGCGAUCGAGUCCAUCUUCUCGUUUGAGUCUGCCUCCGUGGUGCGUUCCCAAGCGCUCAAGUCUCUCGUCUCUCUCAGCGAAUCGAUUCGAUCACAGCUUAGGCACUUCGAGUCAAGAAUUGAGAAGGACUCGUCGAAGGUGGUGGUUCACGGCGGAGGUGUACAUCCGCUGACCACCUCCGCCAUGAACCACAUCUCUCUCCUGGCCGAUUAUAGUAACGUACUCGCCGAUAUCCUCGCCGGAUCUCCGCCGCCGGAUAGGACACUCCUUCCGGAGUCUUACUUCAACGUCUCGGACUCCGACGACUCGCCGUCGUCGGAGCUAGCCAUCCGAUUCGCGUGGCUUAUCCUCGUCCUCCUCUGUAAAAUCGACCGUAAAGCAAAUCACUACAAAGACUGCUCCGUGCAGUAUCUCUUCCUCACCAACAACCUCCAGCACGUGGUCUCACGCGCUCGUUGCUCGAACCUAAAGCAGCUACUCGGCGACGACUGGGUCAGGAGACACGUCGCUAAGAUUAAGCAGUUCUCCGACAGCUAUAAGAGACUUGCGUGGGGACCAGUGCUGGCGACCCUACCUGAGAAUCGUGCCGUGGAGUUGUCGGCGGAGGAAGUGAAGGAGAGGUUUGAAAAAUUCAGCGAGAGCUUUGAGAGGGCCUACGGUAAGCAAAGUGUGUGCGUCGUACCGGAUUCAGAGCUUCGAGUGGAGAUAAAACUGUCGAUUGCGAGAAAGCUGGUGCCGAUUUAUCGAGAGUUUUACAACACGAGAAGGUCUGUUGUCGUGGCGGGAGCUGGUGGUGGUGUCCGAUUUACCCCUGAAGAUGUUGAGAGCCAUUUGUCUGAUUUGUUUUCGGGAGAGGGUACUUCGGGGAGUUCAUAUGUGUCUUCUCCUUUGUCUUGUCUGUCACGGCAGUCCACACCCUAAAGUCAAAAAGAAAGAGUUAGACCUAUUUUGCUUUUUUGUCUUAAAUGUAAAACGCAAACACUGUAUACUAGUAGGUCUGUAUUAGCAGGACGAGAUCUUGUCGUAAUGUCCUUUUUUGUUUGUUUUUCUGUAAUGUCAAUUGAUGUAAGGAUUGAGAUAAUGUAUGAUAAAAUGUUCCAA